AUGCCCAAUAAAAGUCCAAUUUCAAAUGCAGCAUGCACCGUGUCGUUGCAUCAUCAUCAUCAUCAUCAUCAUCUUGUUGUCAAUUGCCAUUCGUCAAUAAUCAUCGACAUGAUUUUCUUGCAGCUGAUGUUGAAGAAGAAGAAGAAGAAUAACAUUAUUAUUAUUAUUAUUAUUAUUAUUAUUAUCAUUAUUGCAGGCGAACGACCCUACCGGUGCCACAUGCCCGAAUGCGGCAGGGCCUUCAUCCAGCUGAGCAACCUGCAGCAGCACUUGCGCAACCACGAGUCCCAAGUAGAGCGCCUCAAGAACCGGCCCUUCCACUGCAACAUUUGCGGAAAGGGCUUUGCCACCGAGUCCUCGCUGAGGACGCACACGGGCAAGGUAUGUACACCUGAUGUACGUCCGACUUUCUUUUUUGUUUUUUCCUCUUCUGCCUCUGCUUCUCCUCGUCCUUGUCCUUCGUCUUUAUCCCACGCUGCCUUGCUCGGUGGGCCGAGUGCACACGCGUGUCCCGUGUGCCACAAGCUCUUCUUCUCUGGCGAGAGUCUCAUGGAGCACAUGAAGUACACUCACAAGGACCCGAACGCGUCGGGAGUUGCGUGUAAGUCUUUGUUGCUGUCCACCACUUCCACGUCGAUGACGAUGACGAUGAGUCCCCCACUGGUGGUGAUGGGUGCGACACCUGGUGGUGGCGGUGGCGGCGAGACCGUGUCCUCUCCGUCGGGGGCCUCGACGACGUCCGAGUCGUGUUGCCUUUCAUCUCCUUUGUUCGGAGCUCGCUUUCUUGAAGGAUUAGAACCGCCACGGAGGCUCCAGAGGCGAUUUAGUCUCCAUCACGCAUUGCAAGAACCCAGAGCGAGAAUGCGCAACUCGACGUAA